AUGGUAGAGUCCAAAAAUCAUCAGUUCCACAUUGCUAUCGUUGACGCGGGAAUUGCAGGGCUUGCCUUGGCUAUGGCUCUUCACAAACAGGACGUCUCAUUUACAAUGUACGAAGAGGCCAAGGAGUACUCCACUGUAGGCGCUGAAAUUGGAUUCUCUCCAAAUGGAAUGCGGGCUAUCAACUUGAUAGAGCCUACUUUCCGACCUCUCUAUGAGGAAAUCUGCGUGGGUAGUAAGGGCGAAGACGCGAAGCACAUCUUCUUCGAAGGGAUGUUGCUUGAACCCGGCUUUGGCUGUGGUCAAUCAUGGCAUGGGGAUUCGGCUUGGAGUCACCCCGAUUUUGUUCGCAAGUCCGUAAGUACGGGUUUGUCAUUGAGACAAACCGGGGCAAUACUGAUCGGAGCCCAAGCACAUCGAAAAGCACUGCUUGACACUAUGAACAAAUUCAUCCCACCCGAUCACGCCCGAUUCGGUAAGCGAGUUGCAGGAAUCGAGCAGCAAUCGGACUUUGUUAAGCUUGGCUUCCCAGAUGGUUCAACCGCCACUGCUGACAUUGUCGCUGGCGCGGCUAGAAUCCAGAGCGUGGUGAGAAGCCAUGUGCCCCGGGAUACGAAUCCGAGUCAAGUGGCACCUGUGUAUGCCGGUGCAUAUUGCUAUCGAGGUGUCAUUCCCAUGACUGAAGGUUAUGAGAUCCUUGGCGAUCUCACGGACGUCGCGAAAUUCUAUUUCGGACAGGGACGGGGCGCCGUGACGUACAGGAUUAGUGGUGGAGAGGUAUCCAAUUAUCUCCUCUGCGUCGCCGAUACCCGUGACGGAUGGAAAUCGAAAGACGCUGUGACAGAACGAGUCCGGCCCGACGUCGUGAUGUCUGAUUUUCAGGGCUCAGACACGGAUGAAGCAUUUCGAAGACUUCUCAGUGAAGCCCAACCAGUGAGAUGGGGAUUGUUCCACCACCUGGAGACUUCGACCUAUUUUCGCGAUCGUGCGUUUAUGAUCGGCGAUAGUGCCCAUGCAUCUUUGCCCUUUCAAGCCGCGGGCGCAGCGCAAGGACUUGAAUAUGCAGUGGUCUUGUCACGAAUACUUGCCGAGCUCGCAAAUAGCAGGAAUCUGCACGCAACAAAAACUUCGACUAUCCACGCAAGUCCGGGGCCGCGUACGACUCAGUACGCCGUCCACGUGCUCAAAGACAGCUUGAGCAGUCGGCCGAACUGA